GUGGCACAACCAAAUCGUUCCAGAUUUUUUUUGCAAACUACAAAUAUUGCAUGUUGACAAUUGUAAAAAUCUAAUGAAUAUUUUUCCGCCUAAUAUGUUGAGAAGACUCCAGAAUCUCAAAAACUUGCAGAAAAGUGGUUGCAAUUUGGUAGAAGAGGUAUUUGAGGUUAGAGGGACAAAUGUUGAUGAAAUAUGUGAUAAGGGAUCCACUCAGUUGAGACACCUGACUCUAAUCAAUUUACCAAAACUUAAGCAUGUAUGGACUUCGGAUCUUGAAGCAAUUUUAACAUUUCAAAAUCUGUGUCAAGUUUACAUUUCUAAAUGUAAAACUUUGAAAAGUCUUUUUCCAGUCUCGGUGGCCAAAAGUCUUGAACAACUUGAGAGUCUAUUUAUAAAUGAUUGUGGAUCAAUGGAGGAAAUCAUUGCUUUGGAAGAAGGAUUGGAAACAACGACUAAGUUUGUGUUCCCAAGAAUAACCUUUCUAAGUCUUGAAUUAUUGCCUAAACUCAAGUGUUUCUAUCCCGGAAAGCACACCUCAGAGUGGCCAUUGCUGAAAAGUUUGACAAUACGCAAAUGCAACAAAGUGAAGAUUAUUGCUUCGAAUGAAUUAAGCUUCCCAAAUACAGAUGAGUUGGGCCAUCAUGUUUCGAUUCAGCAGCCCCUCUUUCUUAUUGAAAAGGAUACACUCCCUAACUUGAAAGAAUUGAAUUUGGAUUGGAAUGAAACCAUGAAUCAGACAAAUGGUCGACUUUUUGGAGAGUUCUUUUGCAAACUAGAAGUUCUCAGUUUGUACGGCAAAGAUGAUAAAUUGAUAGCAGUCCCUUCGGUAUUUCUUGAAGGAUUACGCUAUCUUAAGUCUCUUUCCGUCACUAAUCUUUUCUUCGAUAACGAAGGACAAUAUGCUGGGACGUUUGAACGUUUGACAGAGUUGAAACUAUAUAGAAUGCCCAAGUUGAUGCUUUUGUGGAAGGAAAACCCUGAACAAGGUAGGGCAUUUCAAAAUUUGGGGAUUCUGAGAGUAAUAAAAUGCGGCAGAUUAAAAAAUUUAGUGCCAUCCUCAAUGCAUUUCCGAAAUUUAUACUCUUUGAGUGUAGUGAAAUGUCAUGGGUUGAUUAGUUUUGCAACUUCCUCAACAGUCAAAAGUUUGGUCCAACUCAAACAAUUGUAUAUAUUUGAUUGCAAAAGAAUGAGAGAAAUAGUCACAAACGAGGGAGAAGGUGAAGCAGGAGAUGAGAUUUGUUUCAAUCAAUUGGAAGAUUUGUACCUUAAUGAUUUACCCAGUCUGAGAAGCUUCCACUUGGGUAAUCGCACCAUCAAAUUCCCAUCACUGGAAGAUCUAUGUGUGACCGGAUGCCCGGAAAUGAAGAUCUUCUCUAAUGGAGUCCUAAGCAUGCCGAAGCUAAAGAAAAUUGGACUGGACGAAAACAAAUGGUGGCUAGAGCGAAGAGAACUGUUACCAGAGGAAGAUGUGAAUAGCGCCAUAAAAAGAUUUUGGGAGGAAAACUAUGAUCCAUGCGUGCAACAAUUAUUCACUGAGAAGACUGAUGCAAGCACAAGUGAGGCAGGAGAGAAAAAUGGUGUUGAUAACUUGGAGGAUGACUUAAAGGAAGAUUAAUCUUUUAAUUUAUUAAUGAUUCAAUUCUAGAACAUUAUAAAUAAUUUAUAUUUUAGUUGUUCAAAGUAGGUUCUAUAAGGUUCUAUUGUUGAACAUGUGAUGUAGUCUUUUUCUUUUUUGGGGGGUGUCAUGUAGACUUUAUUGGAUUGGACCAAAAAGUUUGCCGGAAUGUAUUGGUGUGUUGUGUAUAAGCCAUAAGGUUGAGACUCAUGUAGACUCAUAGUAGCUUUGUCAUGGGGCUUUGGAGCUAAGACAAGGCUAUUGUAUAGUCCAAGAAAUCAUACAAAGUUUUAUUAGUGAAA